GAGGAGGAACAACAACAGCAAGACGAACUGCAGAUCGCAACAGAAGCAACCGAAAUUGAGGAGCCAGCGAAACUGAUGGACAGCGAAAGCCCAGCAGCGACAAUUGCAAAUGAGGUAGAGCCAGAGACAGAGACAGAGACAGAGACAGAGGCAGAGGAAGAGGCAGAGGCUGUGGCAGAGCCAGAGUUGGAAAAGGAAAAUCAAGUGGAAGAGGAGCCAGAGAAACCCGUCCAAGCAGCUGAAGCCGCAGAAGUCGAAGUGGCAACAGAAACCGCGGCAGAGCCUGAGAAUGCAGCUGAAAUCGAGACAGAGCCAGAGGCAGUGGCAGAAGAAGAGGAAGAGACGGAAAAUGAGAAGGAGACGGAGGCGGAGACGGAGACGGCGGCAGAGUCAGAGCCAGAGCUGAAGCUGGAGACGACAACCGAUCAGGCAGAACAAAGCGCCGACGUUAAGCCGACAAGUGGCGAAGAUGAUUUAAAUGAAGCCAAUCAAUUAAAUCAAGAGCAAAUCUCAGAGCAAAAACCAGACGAAGCUGAAGCUGACGCUGAGGCUGAGGCUGCAGCAGAAGCGACAACGGAGCAGCAGCUGAACGAGGAGCAGGCGGAGCAGAAUGUGGAACAUGAGAUAGAGACAGAAAGCCAAACGGAGAAGCAGACAGAGCUGGAGAUGGAGCCAGCUGCUGAGGUGGAGGCAAUCAGCGAAGCGCAGCACGAAGAAUCGACUUACCCAACAAAUGAUGAUGAAUUGGCGCCAGAGCAAGCCACAGAGCAGGUGGCCAAUGCACAAGACGAUGCAGAGGAGCACGACGAAGCUGAGGAGGCAGAGGAGACGGCAGCAACAACUAGUGAACCAGAAAUCUUGCAGCAGCCAACAGAGGCAGCACCAGAGGAGACUGAGCUAAAUGCAAAUGCAAUUAAGACGCCCGAAGUGUCGGAAACAAUUGCAGAGCCAGCGCUUGAGCUAGAGUCAGAGCCAGAGCCAGAGCCAGAAGCGGAGCCAGAGUCGGAGACAGAGUCGGAGCCUGAGGCAGUGCAGUUAGACAACAUUGCUAAUGAUGAGGUGUCGCAUGUUGAGGAUGAAGUUGAGGAGCUGCCGUUGCAGCAGGCAGAUGAUGUUGAAGGCGCGGCUGAUGCGGCCACUGAAAUACUAACAGAGGCAACGCACAUUAAACACGAUGAGCUGCAGGAAACCGAACUCAAUCUCAAGACGGAAACCGUCACCGAGCGCAGUGAAAGUGGCGAGCUGGCUGAAGCGGAAAUGGACAAAAAUGAAAAUGAUAAUAUCAUACAAGGAGCGGAGCCAAAUGUGGAGCAGCAGCCAAUCAAGGUCACAGAGGCAGAGACAGAGGCCGAAGCAGAGGCAGAGGCAGAGGCAGAGUCCACAACAGAGCAACAGAUCAAAUUGGAUGAGGCGGAGCUGCAGCAGCCAGAAGCGAACUUUGACGACGCCAGCAUGGAGCAAAUAAAGGAAAAUGUUGAGGAUGCUCCAGCGGAGACUGUGACCGAAGCAGCAGCAGCGGAAAUGGAAACGGAGCAGGCAACCGCCACACAGCUGCCCGAGCUGGUCGCCGAGGUGCCCAUUGUGAGCGAGGAGCAGGCCUCCGAUGACUUCAAGGAAAGCGAAAGCGUUGCGGGCAUACUUAACGAUCUGAUGCUUGAGGGCGACAGCACCGUGCCUCCAGUGCCGCUCGGAGAGCAGCCGUCGCAAACUAUGCCCAUGCCGGCAGGCGAGAAGCCACAGCAGGUGCAACAGCAGCAGCAACAGCAGCAGCAGCUGGAUGAGAAUGAAAUGCCAGGCAUGCCCGAUUUGCUGGCAGAGGCCGAUGAGCUGCACGAGCAGCAGGAGCAACCCGAAGACACUGAAGCGGAAGCAGUGCCAGUCACUGAAGCAACCAGCAAUGAGCUGGAUGAUAAGCUAAUUACCUUCAAUCCCGAGGUGCCAGUGGAGCAGCAGCAGCAGGAGCAGCAGGAACAGGAGCACGAGCAGGCAGCUGUUACAGCUGAGCUGCAGCCAGAGUCAACCACAUUGGAAACAGAAGUCGACUCAGAGCCAGAGCGCACGCUGUCGCCCGAUGAGCUGCCCUUCGACCUGAGCGAUAGCUCCGGUCCGAUCAGGCUGCAGGAGCUCGAGUCGGACAGUUUGAUUGUGGAGUCCACGACGCUGGACACACAGCUCGACCAGAACAAUCACAUUGAUGAGCUGCACGUGCCCGUCUCUCAAGCCAGCGAGGAGGCCACGCCCAAUCCGGCUGACAUCGUUGAGAUCACCACGCAGACCAUGCUCGGCUUGGCUAGUCGUGUUACCCUCAUGGAGCCCGCCGCCCCAGUGGUGACCACCCUGAAGCCCCUGAUGACCUCUGAGGAGGCCACACCCCUGCCAGCUGUCAGCAACCCGCCAGAGAUUCCCAUCGUGUCGCUGCUCAGUGGCAAACCCGGCACAGAGCUGCGCAAGCGCGUCGACCUGGCCCUGGAAGCCAUCUCUCUGGGCCUGCCCUGCGCCAGCGAUCGCCAAUGCCAGAUGGCCGAUCCCCACACCGUCUGCAAUGCACGUGGCGUGUGCGACUGCGCCGCAUCAACCGGCACAGAUCAGGGUCAGUGCAGCGCUGAGCGCACAGGCUGCAGUCCCGGCACCUUCCAGUGCCGUUCGAGUGGCGUUUGCAUCUCGUGGUUCUUCGUGUGCGACGGACGCGCCGACUGCAACGACGAUUCCGACGAGGAGUGCACCCACAAUGCCCGCCUCAAUCAGACCUGUCCGGCGGAGGCGUUCCGCUGCGAGCGCAGCGGCCGUUGCAUCUCGCGUGCGGCGCUCUGCGACGGACGCAAACAGUGUCCGCAUGGCGAGGAUGAGCUGGGCUGCGAUGGCCAUCUGAAGGGCGGCAACAGCUGUCCGGCGCACACGUUCCGCUGCAAGAGCGGCGAGUGCCUGCCCGAGUACGAGUACUGCAAUGCCAUUGUCUCCUGCAAGGAUGGCAGCGAUGAGCCGCCCCAUCUCUGCGGCUCUCGUGCCAUGCCCAAUCUCUUCAUGCGCCUGAUCGAAGCGGGCGGCCUGCUGGCCAGUCGCCGGGAGCCGGAUGCCUAUUGCCCGCACCGCUGCAGCAAUGGACUCUGCCGCUCCACGGCCAUCGUGUGCUCCGGACGCGAUGGCUGCGGCGAUGGCACCGAUGAGCAAACCUGCGCCGUCUGCCGCUGUCCCGCUCCAACUGCUGCCAGCCUGCCGACCUACUUGGCCAGACAUCGCCCCAUGCCGCUGUGGUAAACGGGGGGGGAGUGGAGCGGAAGCAACAACGAUCUACACUUCGAUCAUCUACUAUCGUGCACUUCACCCACGCUGUCAAUUUGCCAAUUUAUGUGAAUCAAUUUUUGGAUAUAUUCGGAUUUUUUGAUUUUGCAUUUAAGUCGAUUUAACGCUAUUUAUUUAUUUAUUUAUUAUUUGUUUGCGACUGCGCCUGCCACGCCCAAUUGCCACCUUGCUAGCAAGGGAUGGCCGACAUCCUUUGACCCAGCGAUGCUGACAAUUGUGCGCCCUAUGCGCAAUCUAAAGACCCCCAAACACCACACAUACACACCUCACACACUAUCCACACUUCAUCCAGAACUUCAUCUUUUCCCAUUAUCAACUUUAUUUAUUCUACUCAUGUGCCCAUUCAACUAUUUAUUUAUUCUCACUCUUCACCUAAA